UUCGCGGUGUGCGGAAAGUAUCGCGAGUUGUGUAAUAUAAAACACUGUAAUACGGACCGUCGCUUGAUAGUUUGAUACGUACGCAACGGGAAAGCUAGCAAUUGAGUUAAUGAAAUGGUCAGUUAUUUGGUUAGUUACCAAGAUGUUCAUACAGAGUAUCACGGGGACUACCAGCCGAUUAAUGUAAAUAAUGUUCGUGUCUUUUGCAGAAUGGAGGAUAAACACACACACUUUCCUAACACACUUUCGAAGCAGCAUUGAAAAGUAAGGUCAUAUGAAAACACCGGACAAGUUCAUCACCUUACCGGUUGUCAACAUAAUUUUGGCGCCAUAGUUAAUUUCGUCAGCAAUACAGCACUCAGAGCGCAAAUAAAACAAAGACACUGAAUUUUAGCGCAGGCCUGUAUACACUGGUUUGCUGUGUGAACCAAUCGCUCUAAUCUCGUAAGAUCAGUACAGUUAUCAAGACUUUAAGACUCUGUAUAGAACACAGACAAUGAAAACUUGCAGAAGAGAACGACGACUAUCCUGAGGAAUGUCUCUAACAAAAAUUAUACCAUCCUGCAACGCGUGUUCUCCUGGUUGCCCACCUGCGACCAAACACUCUUGCUGGCGGAGACACAGUGACAGCGAAUCUGAUGAUGAUCCUCCGCCAACAAAAAGACAGCGCACAAUUCAGCCCCUGACAAAGAGGGCGGGUGGUGCACAUGACGGGGGGCAGCAGUUCGAGCUUAAGAUGGCGGCUGUCAUUGGUCUACGUGGUAUGCAGCGGGGCGACGACUUCCAACUGUCGACGAACGUCGCAGCCGCAGGCAACUUUGACGACCUCGUGUACGCAACAAGCAGUCGGCGGUACUUUCUGCAGCUGAAACACACCGAUAACCCGGACACCACCAAACUAGUGCACUCAGACCUUGUACCACUUCUGCACCAGUGUUUCGAAUCGUUCUACGAGAUCGUUCAUGGUAUAACUUUCAACGACAUUCCCAUUCAUAACUCAGAGUUCAUAAUUUACACAAAUAAACAACUAGGGCCGAAGUUAUUACAGCACAAUAGAAAACGUGCAGUAAUCGACAUGAUACUUAAAACAUGCCAUAAAGGAGAAACGUUCAGUUUUACUGAAGACAAUAACACGGCAGUUGACGUCUACUCACGCGUACAAACGUCAGUGAAGAAAAGCAAAGAAUUUAACAAUUUAUCUGUUUCCGAACAGAAUGCUAAGAUCGAGAUGGUUAAUAAGUUCUUGAAAAAGUUAGUGUUAAUCACUGACCAAAAAGGUCAGAGAGACCUGGAUAACGUGAUUACUGAAGAAAUAAGAAAACACGGCACAACAAAAACUAGCAGUAAAAUGUACAAGACAGUUCUACAUUAUUUUAAAACGCAUUUAGAAACUUGGUGGAGGAACAGAAUCGAAAAUAUGACAGUGGAAAUGCUCAGAAAUUGGGUACAGGACGCCAAGACCAAAUCCUGUUCUUCUGUCGUUAGAAGUUUGUUCAAGACAUACAGGAAGAAGCUACUCAGGGUGGGAAUUAGGUUUUCUGACAGUGAAAUCUCACGGCUUCGCGCCGAACUAUCCAAAGAACGCGCCGUUCAUUUGAGGACAGACGCAUGCAUGCUUUGCAGUGUGCUUCUGACUGACUGUCUGCCCCAGCCAAAAUGCAUAUUCGUGAAUUUCGAUUCACUGUUGAGUCACACAGACGAACUAUUUCUUGCUUGGGUAGGAGGUGUUUGGGAAUGGCUUGUUGUAGACUGUGAUUCAAGAACUCGAGCACCUCACAUUUCAAAAAUGUGUCUCAAGAUUGUUGGCAUUAUCAAAAAUGUCGCAUUCAACAAAAGUGUAAUAAUUCUGACCCACUGUUCGGUUCAGCCACUGAAAGAAUUUGUUCUUAUAGAGCACAAAUUUAAAUUUUAACAACUAGAAAAGGAAUCACAAGUAAUAAUCCUUGACAAGAAGAUAGACUUCCAAGGUUGUAAAGUGUCUUUGGGAAGUGUAUUACAGAGACAUGGUGAUAUGGAACGUGUUUUAGGAGCUGAAAUAGUCACAGACUUGAUAACAGAAGAAAAUUCUUUCAAUAUAGGGGAGAGACUGCAUGUAAAUAUGGAGUAUUUUGCACCCAGAGUCCUAGAGAGAAAGGUAUAUUUACAGUCGAAUGUCCUGUGCAACCCAGGUUCGCAUCCCGACGUAUUUGCUGUGAGUCAGAUGAAAGAGAAAGAUCUUAUUGAGAUUGUGCCUUCAGGGGAGAUUGUUGGAACAUUCUAUUGGAAUAAAGAAUAUGGGAAAUCUGCAUGGGAGGGAAAUUACGACGGCUUUAAAAACAGCAGGUUUAUUAUACUGAGUAGCACAGACUUGGACACUUGUUUCAUGAAGUUAUGCGAGAGGUAUUAUGGGAGGACACUGCACUGGGUUGAGUUUAAUAACGGCAAAUUACUGUGGAAAGAAUCACGUUGUAGCACUGAGAACCUGCUGAAUUACAUCGACACUAAAACAACGCGUGCAAAAAAAGAAUAUGUAGCAAAAUAUAUAGAGCGUGGGAGCUGUGGGGUUAACCUGGAGUCGAUCUGGGACUUGGAAGAGAGGACUGUGUUGGUUGUCGCAGAACCAGGUAUGGGUAAAUCAACACACAUAACACACCUAGCAUAUCACACAAAAUUAGCUGAUCCUACAUCAUGGGUUGUGCGUAUAAACUGGAAUGAGCACUCCAAGAGACUGAAUAAAAUUCAUGCAAAAACCUGCGGUUUUGAAACGGUUCUCGAAUUCCUCUGCACUGUUGCAUUCCCUGGCUCAAAGUACUAUGAUCUUAAUAGAGUUAUGCUUAAACAAGCGUUAGAGUUAAAGGGAAACGUAACAGUUUUGACAGACGGAUAUGACGAAAUUAGUCCCACGCAUGCAGACAAAGCUGCUAAUAUUCUGUCUGUACUUAGAAAGACUCAAGUGGGGAGAGUGUGGGUAACAUCACGUCCAGUGGUAAGAGAAAGGCUCGAAAAAGAAUUGUCUGUGUUGGCUUUUACUAUGAAACCACUUUCACAAGAAGCUCAAGAAAAGAUGCUUCUGAACCUUUUUAAAUCCAAAGCAACUGGACACAGAGAUGAAAAGCGUUUGGAGGCGUUGAUAAAACAACUUCUUUCAAAAGUCAGUGAAUCAAUUUACGACAGCAACUUCACUGGCUUUCCACUAUAUAUAACGAUGAUUGCCACUGCUUUUGAACUAAACUUAGAAACGUCUUUAAAAUCCGGAGUUUUAAGUCUUCCAGAGAAAAUGGAUCUGUUGUACUUGUAUGACAGAUUUGUUAAAAGGAAACUACACAUUUACCAGAUAGAGAAGAAGAGGGACGAUAUAACAAACGCUAGUGUUCAAGACGACCACGAAUUGUUGACAAAAAUUUUUCUGAAGAACUUCGAGAGAUCUGCUUUAACAGUGAUACUACCUUCUGCUGUAAUAACAUCAUUACACGAUAAGACGAUAGCAGUCAGACUCCAGCCCUUCAUAAGGAGGGUCCAGGCUGGAAAGGAUAAGACGGGCGUAGUGAUUCAAGUGGUGGAGGGCCGGCCCUAUUUCGUGCAUCGAACAUUCGCCGAAUACUUUACAGCACACUGGUUUAGCAAGUAUUUCGAGUUGAACAUAUGCGUUCUGGAAGCCAUCCUGUUCGACCGUUCAUACAGUGUCGUGAGGGAUGUGUUCGACAGAAUCCUAGUGAGCGGCAGUGAACUCCACUCCGCAGUGUUAAACUGGGAUGCCGAAAGUGUUGAAGCUGCACUCCAGAAAGGAUGUGACGUCAAUGCUGUGGACAAAGGUGGCAGAACUGCUCUCCACCUUAUUGCGUCACAAGGUCAGGUAUAUAUGAUUGAGCAGAUAACAGAGAGUCUCUUGGGACACGGCGCUUGUUUAGACAUGCCGGACAAUGUACUGCAGUGGAAUCCACUGCGCUACGCCGAGAAGUCAGGGUCCUGGUUUGUGGUGGAGCGGUUACUUGAACAUAACGCUGACAUAAGUGACUUGGUGCUAACUAGGCAGAGGGUACAUGACUCCGAGUACAUUGGCCCUAUCAUAUACGAGGCUGCAGGUGAAGAUUACUUGUUACUGCUCAAGUUCCUAGCCAGUAUUGGUGUAAAUAUGGACCAGCAACUUACUGACGCGCGUUUGACUGCCCUAAAUGUCGCAACAGCCAGCAGGCGAUUGAGAAUCAUUCGGUGGCUUCUAGAACAAGGUACGGACUGCAAUAGUAGAGACAACAACGGUUGGACACCCCUCUUCCACGCGGCCAAUCAGGGCUGCGUUGAUGUUGUCCGCAUGCUGGUGGAGGAAGGGGGUGCCAGAUUGGACAGAUACGAUACUGUGGGUAGGACAGCCCUUGAUUGGGCCAUCAUCAGCGCCGCUGGGGGUAAGGAUUCUAAUUUCUUCAGAGCGCAAGGUGAGGUGAGGGACGUUAGAACGGAUGUGGGGGCAGUUGUGGAAUAUUUACGGGAACGAGGGUGCAAAGUUUCCAACAUUGCUGAUGGGGUUGUGAUCACCCAUGACACAAAUUGAAGCUUUCAGUGGUGAACCCAUUGAUCCAAAUAAUUUAAAGAAGGAAAAUUAGAUAUUUUUAUUGGCAUUUUUCUCUGAAUAAGUACCACGUCAUGAAGAUGUACAGUGGAGGCAACGCCUCACGUAUUUUCUGUAUCUUAUGAGCUGUUACUUAACUCAGCAAGAAAAGUGACUGGACGACCAGGGUUAAAUUUUCAGAGAGAUCUUUCGUUGGUUGGCACGUAGGUUGUUGUUCGAAGCUGAAUUCCCCCCCCCCCUCCGAAUCUAGUGUCGUGGCCUAGAAUGCAUGAGACUUUACAUCCAAGCCACCCAUACAAUUGGCCUACAUUUGUGGUGUAACCAACGACACGCAGGUUGAUUUCACAUGUAAAACCACCAACAUUUACAUAUGAUUCAUAUACUGUUCCUUCAGUCAUAAAAUUGAAGGGUUAAGCAGUGAAGUACUUGAGUGGUACUUGGGAAGAGAGUAAUUUUGCUGAUUUAUAUUUUUAUAUUACUAUUAUUUUAAAGUUGCCGGGAAAUGAAGCUGGUCACUCAAGAGAAGAGACUAAGAAUGAGUUGAACUCCAUUCUCCAAACGUUUUGAUGUUGUUAUUCUUAAUUGAGUACCGAGGGCAUCUUUACUCUACUCCGCUUCGCUUCGCUUUACACUGAUUGCAUGAAUCUGAAAGCGAUGCAGAACUUUAAAGACGCAACAUUCUCGUGGACAUUAGACAGACAGAAAGACAUAGAGGACCUACCUCUAACGCUUUCAUUUCAUUCAGUGUAUACGAAGAAUGCAUAAAAUGUAUUACUUUGAAGA